AUGGAGGAGGGAAAAGGGGGUGAGAAGGAGAAGGGAAAAAGGGGAGAGGAAGGGAAUGGGGAGGAAAAGAGGAGGAAGGGAAGGCAGAACAAGGCAGAAAGUCUGAUAAGGGAUAGAGCAAACAGUAUGCCUCUAUUGGAAUUAUUCAAGAGAGGAGAGAAAAGGAGGGAGAGAUUGGAGGAGGAUGUGGGAAGGAGGGAGGGAGAAAUUUUCAAGAGGAGUUCGAUGUUGGAGAGAUCACCGGUUAGACAGGAAGAAGGGGGAUUGAAGGAAAUAUUAAGGGAGGUAGGAGACGGUUUUAGGGAUAUAAAAAGUGAAAUAAGAGAGAUAAAUGAAGGUAGAGAAGAGAUGAAGGAAUGGAUGGAGGAAAUGAGAAAGAGAGUAGUCGGUUUGGAGAAGAGAGUGGAGGUAAUAGAGAAAGGAUGGGGAGGGGCGGAGAAGGACGAGGGAGGAAGGGGGAUGGAUAAAGGGAAGGGGAUGAAGCAGGUGGAGAUAAGAGAAAAGGGAGAUAUAAAGGUACUAGAAGAAAGGAUGAGGAGAUUGGAAUUAGAAGAGGAAAAAAGGAAAAGGAAGGAGUGGAAGAGGAAUAUAAUAAUAAAGAGAGUAAGAGUAAAGAAAGAGGGGUUGGAGGGGUUAAGAAGAGAGAUAGAAGAGAUAUUGGAGGGGGACGAAGAGGGGGAGUGGACUUUUACGGGAGGGAAGGGAGGGACGGUAAUUGACUAUGUGAUCGGGAAUGAAGAGACGAGAGGGAAAGUAGUAAGGAUGAAGGUGGAGGACUGGGUGGACUCCGACCACCAGCCGAUCAGAGUCUACGUGAAGGGAGGAAGACGUGAAGAGGGAAUUGGAAAAAGGAAAGGGAAAGAAAGAAGAGGGGUGUGGACGGAAGAGGGAAGGAAGAAGUUUGAGGAAUACGUGGGGGAGAGGGAUGGUGAUUGGCAGGGAGUGGAGAAGAAAUGGCGAAAGAUGAAGAGGAGAGUGGAAGGGGCUUUAGAGAGAGUGGAGAGAGAAGAGAAAAAGAGAGGAGAGAAAAGGAGGGAGAGAUUGGAGGAGGAUGUGGGAAGGAGGGAGGGAGAAAUUUUCAAGAGGAGUUCGAUGUUGGAGAGAUCACCGGUUAGACAGGAAGAAGGGGGAUUGAAGGAAAUAUUAAGGGAGGUAGGAGACGGUUUUAGGGAUAUAAAAAGUGAAAUAAGAGAGAUAAAUGAAGGUAGAGAAGAGAUGAAGGAAUGGAUGGAGGAAAUGAGAAAGAGAGUAGUCGGUUUGGAGAAGAGAGUGGAGGUAAUAGAGAAAGGAUGGGGAGGGGCGGAGAAGGACGAGGGAGGAAGGGGGAUGGAUAAAGGGAAGGGGAUGAAGCAGGUGGAGAUAAGAGAAAAGGGAGAUAUAAAGGUACUAGAAGAAAGGAUGAGGAGAUUGGAAUUAGAAGAGGAAAAAAGGAAAAGGAAGGAGUGGAAGAGGAAUAUAAUAAUAAAGAGAGUAAGAGUAAAGAAAGAGGGGUUGGAGGGGUUAAGAAGAGAGAUAGAAGAGAUAUUGGAGGGAGUGGAGGAGGAAUGGCGAAAGAUGAAGAGGAGAGUGGAAGGGGCUUUAAAGAGAGUGGAGAGAGAAGAGAAAAAGGUGAGAGGAGGAUGGUUGGAUGGGGAAUGUAGGAAGAUGAAAAGAGAAGUAAGGGAGGAAUUAAAGAGGUGGAAGAAGAGAGGAGGGGAAGGUGUGAAUUAUAAGGAGAUGAGGAACAGAUAUAGAGAGCAUUGUAAUGAGAAGAGAAGAAAGGAGAGAGAUAAAUGGGAGAGGGAAUUAGAAGAAGUAAGAUCGGAAGCAGAUGUAUGGAAGGUAGUAAACAAGGGGAGGAAAAAGAGAAAGAGAAUCAGGGAAGGGAUUGAAAUGAGGGAAUGGGAGUAA